AUGCAAAGUAGAGUGUGCAGGCCGCACCGUCGUGUGCAUGUAGGGGGUGAGGGAUGGCCGGUUCUUUCCUCCUGCGUGGUGGACUAUCUGGACAGCCUUGGGGAUAGCUGCCCGAUGGCGGUGAAGCAACGGGACAGGCACUUGUGUGGGUGGCGUGUAGCAGUUCGCUCGCCUGUGGGCAGCGGAGGCGCCGUUGUUCUCGCAUUGCGCAUCUGGCAAUUCAGCACUUACACUGCAAAGGGCGGGCAUACGAUUCAACGCCUUGCCAUAAGCAGGAUAGUCGGAAUGGUCGUUGUUGCAUGGAUUGGCACUGCAGUAGUGGAACGCCCAGUUGGCGGGGUGUGGGAACUAAUGAAUCAGCGGAGAGCCCGUGCGUUUGCUUCACCUUUGGAGGCCGUGGAGCAGUCAUUGGGGCGCGGCACGGUUCCAGAGAUGGCGAGUGGCGUGCGGCCUGGGUUUCCGGCACCCGCAGCAAUCGAACGCGUCAUAACGGCGGAUGCAGAGAUGCGACGGAGUGCUGAAUGCUGGCGUUUGCGCAAGCGCGUCAUUCCCGCCAGCACAGUGCAUGCUAUUGGGGAGUGGCGAGGAAAGCGCAGAGGAUAG